GCAACCAACGAAGCUAAUUAGCUAACCUAAGAAGUCUUUAUUUAGAAGCCAAAAAUCUCUCUUCACCGAAGAAACGAAGCACCACAAACAUCUGUUCCGAUGCCAACUAUUAUGCUAAGGUUUUUUCUUCUUUACAACCUCCUUCAUCCAUUUCUUCUGUGUCUGGUUCCUAAGAAGGUGCGAGCCAUUCUCUCUCCUUCUUGGUUCCGAUCCUCCACCACCACCACAGCACCAACACCAACACCAACACAACCAUCUUCUUCUUCUUCUUCUUCGAGUGCCUUCACCAGAAUUUCACUCUCGAUGGAUCCCAACGAGCUGAAGCGCGUGUUUCAGAUGUUCGACCGUAAUGGCGACGGGAGAAUCACGAAGAAGGAGCUGAGCGACUCGUUGGACAAUCUGGGUAUUUUCAUUCCCGACAAGGAGCUGACCGUGAUGAUCGAGAGAAUAGACGUUAACGGAGAUGGGUGUGUGGACAUCGAUGAGUUCGGGGAGCUCUACCAGACGAUCAUGGACGAGCGUGACGAGGAGGACGACAUGCGAGAGGCCUUCAACGUGUUUGAUCAGAACGGCGAUGGCUUCAUCACCGUGGAAGAGUUGAGGACCGUUUUGUCCUCGCUCGGGUUGAAACAGGGAAGAACAGUCGAGGACUGCAAGAAGAUGAUCAUGAAGGUGGACGUCGACGGAGAUGGGAUGGUCGAUUACAAAGAGUUCAAGCAAAUGAUGAAAGGGGGUGGCUUUAGUGCUCUCACUUGAUUUUUCUCCAUCUGCUUCCGUUUGCUUUCGUGUUUCGGAUCCGUUUUUCUGGAAGCUAAUCAUUGUGGUUUCCACGUUCGAGAAGUCAUCGUUCCAUUCUUCAAUUCCCAUGUUGUAAAUAAAUCUGGGGAGAAAUUGUUACGUGAUUUGGGAUUAAUCUUCAAAUGUCAGGUACUUCUGUUAUAUAUACAUGUGUCUCCUGAAGAUUAGUCCAGAGCAUCAACAUCUGUGAUGUUUUUUUUUUGUUUUUUUUUUAUCAUGGGAGGGUAUAAGAUUUAGACCAAUCCCAUCUCAUUCAUCUUGUUCUAGGUGUGUAAUCUGAGCUCGUGCCUCCCACUUACCAUGCAUGCCAUGUUUUUAUGGUUUUGGAAGAGGCAAGCGUCCAGGAUUGUGUGCGUGUGUGUGUUAUUUUUUCCAAUGGACUUUUUGGAGGGUUAGCACCUGGCUUGAUAAGCAUAAAUGAGACGAGCCUUGUUUAAUGCAAGGUUUUUUUUUUUUCUUGACUU